CGCCGUCGCAAUGGCCCUUGAUGGCUGUCUAAGUCCGCUGCUGCCUUCACUCUCUGUUCCGUUACUAGUCCAUGUCCCGGCACCAUAAUCGCACUUGUAUCCUUAUCACUCUGAACAUAUUCGGGCUGAAACAGGCCGGCCGGCGAUCCUCGCAGCUAUUACUCCACGUUGGAAACCGAUUCAGCAAGCGCUCUGUGUACGCCCGCAUCGUCAGUCGACUCCCCUCGCACUUCUUGCCGCUGAUUCAGAAUGGGUGUCGCAGCCCGCGCAUACGAUCAACCGUGAUAGGGAAUAGGCAUGGCAUACGCAGUGUUGGAAGAUGGCGAUGCAUAUACCGUCCACAACGUUACAUCCAUACGGCCCCUCGGUGACCCCAUACCAUCACUGGACGGGCAUGAAAAAGCCGCGCACAGCGAACCCGACCCUCUCCCGAGCAUGCCGGAGUUUUUCAGUCACUCCGUCUUCCGCACAGCUCUGUACAACCCGAUCAUCUCCCACCAACUUCUCAAGUUCUGCCAAGCGAGACUCUGCGGCGAAAACAUCGAGUUCCUGGCCCGGGUCCAUCUCUACCGUCAAAUGCUGCAACACGUCUCCACGGCCAUUGCGGGAAUUCACGCCGACUUCUUCUCCCCUGACUCGCUGACGCAGAUCAACGUGCCCGAGUCGGUGGUUGUACGUGUGAAAAGCGACAUCAAGUCCUCGAUGGCGAAUGCAAUGCCCAAGCUCGAGGGCAUCUUCAACAGCGCGCAGACGGAUAUUGAGCAGCUUGUGUACGGCAUAUACCCCAGCUUUGUCCGCAGCCAGAUGAGCUUGAGUGCAACCAAGGCACUCGGGGGCGAUCGCAGCAGAUAUGGCGGGCUGGGAGACUGUUUUAUUCUAACGGAUCCUUCCAAGGCCGACAACCCCAUCGUCUUCGCAUCCGACGGUUUUGUCAGGGUGACCGGCUAUGCUCGCAUGGAAAUUAUCCCACGCAACUGUCGAUUCCUGCAGAGCCUUGAGACUGAUAUGUCUGUGGUGCGUCGCAUCCGGGAGGGCAUUGACAAGCACGAGGAGGUCGUCGAGCUGCUUUUAAACCAGCGAAAGGACGGGGAGCCUUUCUGGAACUUGCUCUACAUCACUCCUCUCUUCGACGCGAACGGGAGAUUGGUACACUGCCUCGGCGCCCAGAUCAAUUGCUCGACCACGGUCCACAGUACAUCUGACGUGCUGAGGAUCCUCGCCCAGUCGGAAGAUCGGCGGCCAGAUCUUGCUCCGUCCGGCGAACUGAGGUCGAAAGCAUCUGGAGGCCGAAGGCUGUUCCGCACUACCAGUCGCACGAUGACCCCCAGCAGGCAACCGCCCGGAAUGGAAGACGAGCUGCUCAAUCAGUUGACAGGCAUGCCGCUUCAGAAGCAGUUCAGAACAUUCUACUCGGCUUACUCCAACUUUAUCGUCGUCCACUACACCACUCUCCUCAUCACCUCCGUGUCGAGCGGCAUGGCAGAAAUAAUCUUCCCUGCCAAGUCGAAGAUGGCAAAUCAUCCUUCCGCGGCGGGGACAGACAUUUUCCAGUUCUUGGGCAGCCACGCGCCGGGCUGGUUGAGCUCGGAUUUCCAGUCAUCAGUGAAAGCGGCGUUGAAGGGAGGCACUGCGAUCAGCGUUCCCAUGACGCUGUAUUCUCGGCCGGAUAUGGCGCUGAGCAAGUUCGUUUGCCAUUGGACUCCGCUGAAGGAUGAGAAGGGGGCGGUGGCGUGGGUGGUGUUGACGUUGGGGCAGGACCAACGGGGGUGAAUGAAGCAGGGCGGAUUCGCGGUCGUACUUCCCUUCGGAGCACAUUGCAGUGCGGGCGUCGGAGGAGUCGAUGAAUCAUUUGUUACUAGGCCUUGUGGAUUACCCUGUACUCUACCUACAAUCCUGAAUGCAUGUUGCGACUUACUCGCAUCUCGCGGCUGGUUCUAAUGCAACACGUCCACACAGACAACGGCACAGCCGUCCCGAAUAUUCGUUAUCAUUUCUUGGCCACCGCGGCAAUGCACGGGGAGACGGGGUAGAGAUGCUUGUAUCGUCGUAGCGCGGACAGGCUGUCGACUGAAGUGGCAGAGA